AUUCAAAAGAAGCAGACAAAAAAGCCACUUGAAAUUCAUCUUGUUGCCACUUUGUUCUACAAACUCUCACAAAUUUCACAAAAUCUUUCUCACCCAUUUCAAAUCCCCUCAUUCUACCCUCUCAGUCUCAAACCCUUCAAUCUCCCCAUAAAGCCCAUUUCAAGAUUCAAUCUUUUUCUUAAAUUUGUGUUUAGAUCCCAAACCCCUUUUGAUAUUUCACUCAAAUUCAAAAACCCAUAUCGAAUAUAUAAAUUUCUUGAAUCAAUUUCCCCAAAAUCCUGGUGGGUCAGAGUGAUCAGAUGGUUGGGAAUGAAGGUGUAAAGGGUGUUUUCAAGAAAUCUCAUUCAAGAUUACUUGUGGAUAUUACUUGUAAAUUGGGUAGUUCUUCAUUCAGAGGGGUUCAAUCUUCAAAUCCUUCUAUGUCACCUGCAACUUCUUCGGUUUCUAAUCUCCGUUCAUCAUCAUUAAAAUCCCCAUUUUAUGGGCUUAUUGUUUGUGUUACUGGAUUAUCAAAAGAAGCAAGAAAACAAGUGAUGGAUGCAACAGAGAGAUUGGGUGGUCAAUACAGUCCGCAUUUGCAUCCUCGUUGUACCCAUUUGGUGGUCCAGAGCUCUGGUGGACGAAAGUUUGAGCAUGCGUUGAAGCAUGGAGCCACAAACGGUCUCUUUAUUGUUACACUUGGAUGGUUUGUGGACAGUGUUAGAAGAAACGUGAGAUUGAAUGAAGCUCUUUAUGUUGUAAGAAGUCUCGGAGAAAAUCAUACGCCGAAGGAUGAUAUUAACAUGUUCACUAGUGGGAAUUCUUGUCUUCCUGUUGCCAUGCUUGAAAAUGCUAGACAAUCGAGCGUCGUUGAGAAACCGAGAUUAUUCUCAUCAGAAGAAGAGCUUAAAAGAAGAGGUUCACUCUUUUCGGGUCAAUCCAUUUAUGUUGACCCAGAAGUUUCAGCUGAGCUGCAAAAUAAGGUUGUUGAGGCGGCUUUUGGACAAGGAUGUUCAUUAGUGGACCAAUGGUUGCCAGGUCACAAUCCUAGUCACGUUGUAUGCGAAGAGUCUUCCGUUCAAAAAUAUCUCGGUCACUCCAAUUAUCUUGUUACCCCCCUAUGGGUUCUCAAGACCGUGAAGGAGACUAGGCCUCAGAGGCUUGUUCAUUUGUCUGCUGACCUGGCACGUCAGAUCGGUAUGAUGCUUGAUAAUGUUCAAGGGGCUGCUCAUCAUCAAAAGGAUAUUUGUCGGACCAUUUCUUCUCAAGAACCACAAAGUCUCGGAAUCAAUUCUAACUAUGAAGAAAAUCAAAAUAUAGUAAACCUUGCCAAAAAUGGGGUUAGAAAUCGUCGGGGGCGUCGCAUGCAGGCACCAGUAAAACCAUUAACCCCAAGCACACUUCUUGAUUCAAUCUGCUGGUCAAUCUCUGACCCGUCAUCAAAUGCUGCUAUCUACACUGACAUUUUCAUCGACACAAAUGAAGAUGUGAAAGAAUCUGAUGCUUCGUUUGUCAACUCCUCGAGACCACUUUCAGACGCCGAGAAGAAUGAGUUGGUUUUCAAGAACCAUUUCCUCACUAUUCUGUUUCCGGUGGACCGGUUCUCAGAGAUGGGCCCCAGUUCAAGGACGUAUUUUAGCGACACAGGGUUCACAUGUUUGCAACUGUUAGAUCACAUACAUGCAUUUUACCAGGAAAACAUGUCGAAGAUGGAGAUCGAGUUAGCCAUUCAUACUGACUCAAGGCAUGCUGAUAAGCUAAGAUCAGUUUACGCAAGCAAAGAAGCUGCAGAACAUGGUUAUGCAGAGAUCAAACGUAUAGAGUUUUUAGGGAGUCGAAAAAGCUUUGAAAUGCUAAAACGUGUUUCUGGGGAUAACAAUAGUAAUGUCUACGAGUUGCUGACACGAGCAUAGUGACAUCAGCAUGGGUUCACCGUUCAUGAUAAGUGAGUCUAGUGAGCCAACAUGGGUUAGAAAAAGAGCCGGUUUGUUUAAAUUGGUUCCACCGUUGUCUAGUUUAUCAUACUGUGGUUUGGGCUUUGGGGAUCUAAAUGAGUUUAGCUUUUUGUAAAGUGUAAACUAAAGGAAUAUAUGAAUUGUUUGUUUUUAAAUUGUAGGGUUAAGUGCACACAAUAUGGAUGUACUAUAACACUUUUACAAAUAAUGAGCAUCAAGCGUUUCGAAGUA